AUGAAUCUCAUUCAAGAACUGAGAGAUAAUAUCACGCUACAUCGACAGCCGUCCGACACCCAUGAUUUCUCGGCAGAUGUUGUCAUCAAGGGAAUUGUGUCAGAAAACUUAGCCCUCUCGCUUUUGAAAGGGUUCUCAAAGUUGUCCAGUCGAUGGCUUUUUAUUAACACAAAACCCGUCGAUCUCAGGAGCAAGUCCCCUCUCCUCUUCGGUACUUGUAUUCUUGCUGGUCUGCAUGUCAAUUUAUCUCUGCACGGAACUCAGAUGCAUCAAACACUAUAUAACCACGUGCAUGGACUAUUAGGUCAAUCUCACCUCACCUCGACGCCAUCUCUCGACACUAUCCAAGCCAUGUUAAUCUUUUCGAUGUGGGAUCUGAGGCCAACACGGGAGCACGAUCACGGGAACUCCUGGCUUUUCAGUGGAAUGGCCGCAAUGCAAGUCAUGUUGACAACGACCUUCGAUGAGCUUUCUGAAAGCGAUGAACGCAAUCAAGCUCGCGCACGAGAAAUAUUGCGCACAUGGAAUUUAAUCUGCCUCUGUCACCUACAAUUUUCCAUUGGCUCUGGUCGGGGGCCCAUCAUCGCGCCACAGUACCUGGAUCAAUGUAGUAAAGUCCUCGAGCUUCCUCUGUACAGUUCUAAGGAUGAGCUUGUGCUGGCAGGCAUUCGUCUCUAUCGAGUGCUUUGCGAUUUCGCAAGUGCAACUUCCAUUCUAGGCGAAACCCCUAUAUGGCCAGAGAUAGAAAAAAAUGCGCAAAUCACAAGAGCGUAUAUACACUUCAAUUCAAAGAUCUUGCCAUUACUCACUAUUGUACUAGAUCUUGAUUCCUCUGAACCUUUGCGAUUUGCGUAUUCUUGUACCUACCUCAUCCUAUCACGGCGUACAUUGCAGCAUAUGAACACCCACGAACAAGAGAAGCAAGUACUCUCCAAGGCACCAUAUGAAGAUCAGAGAGCAAAAGAAUUCAUUGAAUUUGCAAUCCAGAAGAGUCUUGAAGUCUUGAGGUCAUUCCUGGCCAUGUCAGAUUUAACGAUUUGUAUUCACCCGGCAUACGAAAACCUCUUGUGUUCUUUUGCGAUGGUAACUCUAGCCGAGUUUGUGAUCCACCUGACGAACAUAGAUGAGACAAUUGUUCUUCUGGAACGGGUCAUAUCCCACAUUCAAAGAGGAGGUAAAGCAGAACCAGUCAGUCGUUGGGCUUUAAUCGUGAUCAAACAGCAAGUCUCAGGUCACGAAGUUGAAAGCCGUGCUACUUUUCGUCAGACAGAGGAUCUAGGGACACAUCCAUUUCCGUCCGAUGAAGAUGCGUUAAGGCCUUGGGAGGGCAGUGAAUGGAUGAUGGACUUCCCAUCACUUGAAGAUAUGUUUUUCGAUAGUAUGAUAUAA